CUCGUAUCGUCUUCCUCCUCUCUAAAACCCACGAACCCCUCGUCUCUCUCACUCCCCUCCCCAACCAGAUCAAACGCUAGGGUUUCCUCGACUUCGACUUCGUCUUCCUCCUCGAGCAGAGCAGCAGCAGAGAUGAAGCUCGCGGGGCUCAAGUCGGUGGACGGGGCCCACGAGGAGUCCAUCUGGGCGGCGGCGUGGGUGCCCGCGGCGGACCACCGCCCCGCGGCGCUGCUCCUGACGGGCGCCCUCGACGAGACCGUCCGCCUCUGGGCCCCCGACGACCUCGCCUCCGCCGCCGCCUCCCCCUCGCGGGGCCACGCGCUCGGGGUGGUGUCGCUCGCCGCCCACCCCGCGGGCGCCGUCGCCGCCGCCGUCUCCCUCGACAGCUACGUCCGCGUCUUCGAUGUGGACUCGGGCUCCUCCGUCGCCACGCUCGAGGCCCCUCCCUCCGAGGUCUGGGGCAUCCAGUUCCACCCCAAGGGUAGUGCUCUGGCUGCAGCUGGUGGUGGCAGUGGAUCAGUGAAGCUCUGGGACACAGAGAAGUGGAAGCCAAUUACCAGCCUUGCUGUUCCGCGUCCAGAGGGAGCUCGCCCUGAUAAAACAGGAAGCGGCAAGUUUGUCCUUUCAGUUGCAUGGAGUCCUGAUGGCAAGCUCUUAGCUUGUGGUUCCAUGGAUGGCACCAUCGCUGUGUAUGACGCAGUUCGCAUGAAGUUCCUCCACCACCUUGAGGGCCAUCACAUGCCAGUGAGAUCAAUGGUGUUCUCUCCAGUGGACCCGCACGUGCUCUUCACUGCCUCCGACGAUUGCCACAUCCACAUAUACGACGCCAAGGAGAAGAGCCUCAUUGGGGCCAUGUCAGGGCAUGCGAGCUGGGUGCUGAGCAUCGACGUGAGCCCAGACGGCAUGGCGGUAGCGACAGGCUCCAGUGACCGCACGGUCCGGCUUUGGGACAUCAACACGAGGGCGUCGGUGCAGACGAUGAGCAACCACAAUGAUCAGGUCUGGGCUGUCGCCUUCCGACCACCGGGUGGGACAGGAGUCCGCGCAGGCCGGCUUGCCAGCGUGUCAGAUGACAAGAGCAUCACCCUGUACGAUUACUCAUAGUUUUAACACUGCAACCUGCAACUUCAUUGUAGUCAGCUGUUUCCAACUUGCAUUGGAAAAAAAAACCUGUUGUACAAUCCUAAUUAAGCUCAUGAGUUGCAAGUAGAGUGCGUUUAUUUCCAGUAUUGGCCUCAGAGUUGCAAACUCGCUCCUUAUUGUUCUUUUGCAAGUGAUCUCAAGUUGUCAGUUUGAAGUAAAAAUAUCUUCAAUUCUAGCCCGAUUAAGUGCU